AUGAACGCCAUUUCUGUUGUUGAGGGUCUUGUUUCUAUUCCCACGACCACUACGACCACUACGAGCUCGACCACGACCAGCGCUUCCAGCACCUCGACUAGUACGACGACGACGACGACGACAACCUCAAGUGUCUCGACCACGACCAGCACGACCAGCACGACUAGCUCGACCACGACCAGCUCGACGACAACCGCCACUAGUAGUACCUCGACCACCACUAGCAGUGCCGCGAGCAGUUCUACCAGCUCCUCAACCAGCGGCUCUUCCAGCUCCUCAAUCAGCUCUUCGACCAGCUCCUCGACCAGCACCUCUGCUAGUGCCUCUGCCAGCAGCGCCGCUCACGCCGCCACCGUCGACAGCACCAUUCUCAUCAUUGCCGCCGACGACAGCACUGCCCUAGCCGCCAGCCUCGGUCUCCUGGCCUACGGUAUCCCUUACCAGAACCUCAUCGUCCCCAUCGGCGGCGUCGACCUGCCUGUUCUGAACUCAUCUCUGACUUCCGGUAACUUCGGUGGCAUCAUUGUCCUAGACUCGGUCGCCUACAACUACGGCACUUCCUGGAACAGCGCUCUCACCGAUGUCCAGUGGAAUGCCCUGUACGCUUACCAGACCGCCUUCCGCGUCCGCAUGGUUCGCAUCAAUGACUUCCCUGGUCCCAAGUUCGGUACUGCUGCUGUCAGUGGCGGAUGCUGCGGUGCUGGUGUCGAACAGCUCAUUAGCAUCACGGACAACUCUGACUUCCCUACUGCCAACAUGAAUACCAAUGCUGGGCUCUCUACCAUUGGUCUUUACCAUGUUCCCGCCACUAUCACUGACACCACCACCACCAAGGCCGUUGCCAAGUUCGGCACCGCCACUGGCUUCAGCUCCGAGAGCGUGGCCGCCGUCAUCAACAACUUCAGCGGCCGCGAGCAGUUCGUCUGGUUCAUGAGCUGGGCUCCCGACUGGUCCCAGACCUCUGCCUUCCUCCAGCACGCCCACAUCCACUGGAUGACCCGCGGUGUCUUCCUGGGCAAGCGCAAGGUGCACCUGUCUCCUCAGAUUGAUGAUGUCCAGCUCAGCACCACUCUUUACUCGCCUGCCAACGUCGACUUCAAGCUGCGCACCGCCGACCUCAACGCUCACGUCACCUGGCAGAAGGACAUCAACUCCCGCAUGCCCGCUGGUUCGGACUUCCGCCUCGAGCUUGCUCACAAUGGUAACGGCGACUUGAUUGCGGCUACUGCCCUUACCAAGUCUGAAUCUGUGUGCCAGCCCGACUACGCUGUGGACUACGACACCCCUAACGACACUGCUCUCGAGUUCCAGAAGCCCCUUGGCACCGGUGUAAACCUCUGGCCUUCCGAGUGGACCACCUACAAGUGGACCAAGACGUGCGCUGUUCUUGAUGAAUUUGCGUCCUGGUUCCUGACUGCCAGCAACCUGAACCAGUUCUCCCAUGUCUCGCAUACCUUCUCGCACAUGGAGUUGAACAACGCGACCUACGCCGAUGCCAACCGCGAAAUUCAGUUCAAUCAGGCCUGGAUGGCUCAGAUGGGUAUUGAUCAGGCUACCCUCUUCUCUGGCAACGGCCUUAUCCCUCCUGCUAUUACUGGCCUCCACAACGGCGAUGUUAUCAGGGCCUGGAUGGACAACGGUAUCACCCACGUAGUUGGCGAUAACACCCGUCCCGUUUUGCGCAACCCGAACAACAAAUACUGGCCUUUGAUCAGCACUGUUGCCAGCAAUGGAUAUGAUGGUCUUACUAUCGCCCCUCGCUUUGCCACAACUAUCUACUACAACUGCGACACUGCUGCUUGCACUACCCUCGAAUGGAUCAACACGUCCGCCGGCUCUGGUGACUUUACCAACCUGUUAGCCCAGGCUAAGAACGAUAACACUCGCUAUCUCCUGUCCCUGAUGGCUGAUCCGUAUAUGUUCCACCAGGCCAACAUGCGCCAGAUUGACGUCGAUACUAUUACAAUUGGCCCCAAGACCGGCAAGAUGUCUCUUGUUAUGGCUUGGACCGAGACCAUCGUCCAGGAGAUGACCCGCCUCACCAACUGGCCUCUACUGUCUCUGAAGCACGACGACUUCACCAAGUACUUCACCGACCGCAUGACCCUCGACAACUGCAGCCCCAAGCUGUCCUAUGGCUUCUCAAGCAGCGGCGCCAUCGAGUCCGUGACCGUGACCGCCAACGGAAACACCUGCAAGGUGCCUAUUCCCGUUACCAUUCCCUCCGGCUCUGCCACUGCCGAUAGUGGCUCUGUCACUGUCGACCAGAUUGGUUCCGAGCCUCCCAUCCAGUGGGUUACUCUUAGCGGCUCGCCCGUUACACUUUCGCUCAGCAAGGCUGUUUCUACCUAA